UGUGUGUGGGGGGAGGGGCGGGGCAGGUCCUGGCCAUCGAUGGAGGAGCAGCGAGAGAACGAGAGAGGGAAGAAAAAGAUGACGGCGAUGAAUAACUUCCUCUUCGUCCAGUGCCUCCUGUACCUCGCGGCCUUCCUGUCGGGUUUGGUGGCGGUGGUGCCGCUGUGGGAGAACGGCAGCGCCUUCCGGGGCCGGUGUCUGCUGUUCACCCGCGGGCUGUGGCAGGACGAGAACAUCACGGCCGAGAAGCAGCGCUUCGUGGUGGAGGAGUGGGGCCCCGCCGCCGCCUGUCGCUUCACCAGCUUCGUGGGCCUCUUCGCUCUCGCCCUGUCGGCCAUCCAGGCCUGGAGGCUCCUCUUCUACCUGUGCAAAGGGCACGACGACACUUUCUUCGCGGCAUUCCUGAACCUGUUGGUCAGCACGUUUGUGGUUUUCCUUAUCUUCGUAGCGAGCACCAUCGUCAGCGUGGGCUUCAACAUGUGGUGUGAUGCAAUCACAGAAAAUGGAAGCGUGCCAAACAGUUGUGAAGAACUGCAGGAUACUGACCUGGAGCUGAAAUUAGAUAAUUCUUCUUUCUAUGACCAGUUUGCAGUUAUCCAGUUUGGUCUGUGGGCCGGAUGGGUUGUUUGGAUGGGAAUCACCAUUCUCGCGUUCCUGAAAGUUUACCAGAACUACAGGCAGGAGGAUCUGCUCGACAGCCUGGUCCAAGAGAAGGAGUUGCUUAUAGCGAGGUCCUCCACAAGAGGGUCCGAGGAAGACGAGAAAAAUGGCAUGAUCUAAAUCGAGUUACAAUAAAAUGUUGAAGAAAGGAUGUUUCAAACAGGUAAAACAGAAGAGAGCGAUUCUGCAUUGUUUGUCAAAGAGGAACUGCAAAGGUACUGUAAAACAGGAAAGUUGCUCUUCAGGAUUUGCCUCUCAAUGUGGGGGGUGUCAUAAGAACCUCUACAACUAUGAAUGCUCCUAUUCUUUCAGUGCCUAAUUUUUGUUAGCCUGCGAAUGUAGUCAUUUUCUAAAAUGUCAUGCCACUAAAAGUGAAGGUUGCUGUAACGCCAUGGCUCAGUGUAAACUUUCUUUGUGUGACUGCUUAGACGUCGAAAACCGCAGCGCCAUAGAUCGGAACAAUUUAUCCUGUUUUACAGUAUCAAACUAAAUAAUGAAUUUCGUGCACCCCGAUCUUAGAAAUGUCUUGAAAUAUUUAAGGCACUUUCAGAAUUUGUUACACUCUGCAUUAUUCAGCAUGCCAUUAUCACUGCUACAUGAAUUGUGCUGAAAUCAAAUGAACAAAUUGUGUCAAUUAUUGUAGCUUGUGGCUGGUGUUGCUGAAUACUUCUGUUCAUGCUCAGCACGUUAGAGCCAAGAUGCUUGGAGCUAUGAUUUUGGAUAUUCCUGAACAUUUUUCAAGACUGCUGAAUACAUUAUUUUCUGUCUUGGAAAUCUCAUCUGCGCUGCUUAGAAAAGUGUGGUUAUUAUGGCCUUAGAAGCAGCCGCUCCUUUGCACCACGGAAUGUUCUACCUUAAAUCACCAGCUUCACUGCAGGCUAAUAAAGUGAACAGCGGCAAUUGAAGCUUAGUAGUAGAAAGUGACAGCCUUUUACUGUGCCAUAUGCUGCUCAUAAACAAGGAUCUUUAUUAUUAAUGUCAAUUCUUUAACCUUGAUUGCACUGUGUCCUGUAUUAUUAUUAUUUUAUUAUUAUUUUUUCCUGGAAACGUGUUAAAUUAAAUUCAUUCCUAUGCUUGUUUACAUUUGCUUGGCCGCGUUUUCUGUCAGUGGGAUCGAAUAAGAACUUUCAGAUUUACAUUACUUAAUGUUUCAAUAACUGCAGCAACAUGGUUUAGAAACUAAGAAAAGAACAAACGUGUAUAAGUAUAUAAAAUUGCUUUUGCUGUC